AUGUCAAAUAAUAAAUUAGACAGUAAUAAUAAAGUGGAGAAGGAGACUGAAGAUGGAGGAAUUCAGAAGAGGAUGAAACAGGAUGAUUCUGCCCCAGGGAGGGCGCCUGAGACGGCUGAAGAGGACGGUGAAAUUAAUUUGGAUGAGAAGGCGGAACAGAGCAACGUGGAAUCUGAGGAGGCCGAUGAAGGGGACUUCUGCGAGACACGAAGUGGAAACGAGCAGCCUGCGACUGAGGCGGUGCCAAACAGGCCGCAACUUUCUGGGCCUGGGGCCAUGCGAUACGGAGAGACGCGGAACUCACCGGAUGACGCUGAUCUGACGGAUGCGAUGGUCUUCCUGAACCGAAUCAAAGAGGACUACGCCCACGACGUGGGCGUCUACGACCAGUUUCUGGAGACGAUGCGGGACUUCAAAUUUGGGAAGGUGGACUCGACCGACGUGUGCAAACGAAUCAAAAUUCUGUUCAAGGACAAUGCCCACCUGAUCAGGUCAUUUGAGGAGUAUUUGCCACACCACCUGAAAAUGAGUGGAAAGCCCCCUGUGGUGGCAGCACCAAGGCAGAUGCCACCACCAGGCGCAUUCCAUGCGCCUGCGGCCGAGGCGUUCUAUCGCCCGCCCUACGCCCAGCCUCGCCCAUUUCCAAUUCAGCCCAGGCCUCCUCGCCCGUACCAGCCCAUUCCAGCCCACCCGAUGGCUCUGCCCCAAAAAGGCGCCUAUUUUCCAGGAGAGCAGCCCUACAAAAAAGACAGGCAAAGGGCAUUCAUCGAAAAGUUGAAAAAGAAGUAUUCGCCAAACAACACGAUCUACAGCAACAUCAUCGAUGCGAUGCUGAACCAGCACAUCGACGUCGACUCGCUGCUUCGCUACGUCAGGACGCUCCUGAAGGACGACCACGAGCUGUUUGAGGAGUUCAAGGCCUGUUGUGAUCCAGAACACAGGCAGAUCGACAAGUUGCCUAGGGGAACACGAGAGAAGCUUGUUCUUGAUAAAAUCAGGCACAUCAUGAACGAGAAGGGGCUUACGCCCUACUUUGCAAUGGCACUGAAUUUCUACAACCAGGCCCUGAUUUCAGGCGAGAAGCUCUUUUUUCUGAUUGGGCAGCUGAUCGACAACGACGAGUACGUCGCAGAGCUGAAGAACUUCCUGAAGUGGGCGCCAGAGAGGCGGAAGACGGCGCCGGAGCAGCCUGGGCUGGUUGGGUCCUAUGCGCCUCGGGCUUCGCCUGAGAAGAAGCACACGGCCAUGGGCCGUGUGCUGAACGACAAGUUCUACAGCGUGAACACGCACGUGUCCGAGGACGACGUCUACGUCUUCAGGCAGAAGAACGCGUCUGAGGAGUUUCUGGUGCGAAUUGGAGACGACCGCUCCGAGUUCGACGUGCAGAUCCAGCGCCUGAAGUUCUUCAUCUGCCGCCUCAUGAAGCUGCAUGCGCUGCUUCCUGAAGCAGGAAGAGAAAUAGAAAUCGGUGACGUGGACAUGUCACCUGGGAUUCUGAAAGAUGUCCUGCGCAUGAUUUAUGGGGAUGAGGCAACUGGGAUGCUUGAAAAGAUGCUUCAGGGGGGCAAGAACGUGAUUCCGAGGAUCAUAAGGCGAUGCUGCGUGGUCUACAAGGAGUUUCUGACGAGACAGAGGGAGAACAGACUCAACUGGCGCAUUUCGAUUGAGGCGCACUACUUCAAGGCCUACGACUUUGCUGGAAUCGAGUACAGGAACGACGAGAGAGGCAACCUGAACAUGAAGCACCUGAAGCGAAUCAGCAGGGACCAGUUCGACGUGCGAGUUGGCAGCCGCGACAGCGUCCGCUUCGUCCACGGCCUCGUCGAGAAGUUCGUUCUCUCAAACUACAACCCAAGCAAGAGAGUGACCGUGGAGCAGAAGACGGAAUUCUUCGAAAACGUCCUAACCAACAUUCUCGCCAAGACAUUCGAGUAUUCAGUCAGCCUGGAAUACUACGCCCUCUACUUCUACAUUCUGACGCUCUAUACGCGAUUUGAGGAGAUGCGUGGGCUUCAGGUGCGCCUGGAGGCGCCCUCUGCCGUUGCUCUCCGCCUUGGGCUCGUCGAGCCAGCGGCCUACGACGACCCAGUCAAGGCCGUCUUCGACCUGAGCAUGCGACUGGCGUCGAGGGAGAUCGACUCGGACGCCUACGAGGAGCAGAUCCGCAUCUACACGAAGACACGUGGCUACAAGUUGUACAAUUUGAAGAAGUUCCUGGGCAAAAUUGACAAGUUGGCCAUUUCAAUCAUAGAGAAGUCAAUGGACAAGAAUGAUGAGGGAAUGGAUCUGUUCCACAUCCAGAAGGAGAAUCACGUGAUAAUGAUGAAGAGAGGCGAGAAUGCAACAAUAUCAGAAGAUGGCUUGGAAUAG